AAUAGAGAUCGAGAGAUAGAAAGAAAGAGAGAAAGGGAGCUAGAUCGAUCAUGGAAGCUAAAAUUAUUCCAAGCUCAACAUCUUUCAAUGUUUUAUCAUUGCUUUUUACAUUUCUUCUAUGCAUCUCAUCAUCAAAUGUGCAAACAUCCUCGGCAGCUAUCACCACCACAACAACUCCAAGCAUAACCUACACAAACUACCUCAAAACAGCUUGCAAUUCCACCACAUAUCCACAACUUUGCCUCAAGUCCCUCUCUUCUUACACCUCCACCAUCAAAACCAAUGAACUCAAACUAUGUAGCACAGCAUUAACUGUGGCCCUCAAAGCUUCUAGCAACACAUCCAAAUUGGUAAAGAGUUUAUCAAAGAUAAGGGGGUUAAGCAAGACUGAAGCUGCUAUCAUUAGAGAUUGCAUUGAAGAAAUUGGAAAUUCCAUUGAUGAGAUCAAGCAGUCAGUGAAGGUUCUACGCAGCUUAACAGGUUCUGACAGAGAAUUACAGAUUGAUAACUUGAAAACAUGGGUCAGUGGCGCGAUAACGGAUCAGACUACCUGUACAGAUGGAUUUGAUGGCAACAAUGUAAAUUAUGCAGUGAAGCGCGCGAUCACGAAAAGUAUAGUGAAUGUUGCUAGGCUGACUAGCAAUGCUUUGACAUUUAUAAAUAAUCUAAGUUACUAGUUACUUUAUUUCCUUUAUUUUUAAUUAUUUUUAUUCAAAAUUUGUAUACAGGUUCUUCAAUUCUGAUCAUGAAUGUCAUAUCUAUUUUAAUUUCUUCUAA